AAGUGCACCUGAUUAGAGCCUUGAAAAUACGCAUGUGAACUGCGGAGUAGACGAGAGCGAAUAUGCAUUGAAAGCAAUUAUUUUAUCGGGUGGUUAGCACUGGUUGGGACGAGCCGUUUUGUUGUGGUACCAACCUGGACCGGUGUGAUGCUAGGCGGAGAGGAAAAGCUAGCUCCGGGUACCAAUAGGGUUGCUUGAAAUUGUCCUCUAUUACAGAUGACAUUAUUCUGCAUUCAACAAAACAUUGGCCCACGGUUUUUGGUUUAGUUCUGCAACGUUAAUCAGAACGACAAAUGGCUAAUACAGCCAGAAAGAGAUUUUUUUCUGUGUGCACUUCUUUUUCUGACGAAGAAGAGAUAGCAAGUCUCUGUCAAAAUGCCUGUGGUCCUGAUGCCAACCCCCAAGAACAACAGCAUCCUUAUGAAGCCAUGCUGUGCUGCCAUCGCCUCCACGACUCCCUGCUGAGCUCUGACAGCCGCUUCACAGCUUACAGAGGCAUUCUCAACUGGAUCAUUAUCCUCCUGGUGUUGACUCAUGCUCACUUGUUUCUGGAAAACUUUAUACAACAUGGGUUUUUGAUAGACUUGAAGAAGAUAAUGGAACAUCUGACCGAAAAUAACCUCAACUGGCCGUCUUUGAACCUUAUCCUGGCUGCCAACGUUUUUGCUGUAACAGCUUUGCUUCUGGAACAUUCCCAAGAGAAGGGGAAAUUGUCCUCUAGCCAUGCUCAUUGUUUACAUCUAGCAAACCUCGGACUGCUUAUGAUGAUCUCUGCUCUUCCAACUCUGCUUUACCCUACAAUAUCAACAGGAGGUGCAUUCUUCACUCUGUGGUCCUACACUGUGCUUGGCCUGAAGCUGUAUUCGUACCACGAAACAAAUCGAUGGUACAGACAGGAAGAAGAGAAGAAUGAAUCAUGCUCGCCAAAAUCAGCUGAUGAACAUCUUACUUUUAAAGACCUUUACUACUUUCUGUUGGCCCCAACUCUUUGCUACCAGAGGGAAUUUCCCCGUAGUCCCAAGGUUCGCAUGAGCAAUCUGCUGCACAGGCUUCUGGAAAUGGUGAUUCUCAUUCAGAUCAUGGUUGGAAUCGUACAGCAGUGGAUUGAGCCCAUCUUCCAGCGGUCAGAAAAUUCAUUCUCCACCAUGGACUUUACAAUGAGAGUAGAGCACUUGGUUGGACUUGUGGCACCCACCCAUUUCCUGUGGCUUCUGCUGUUCUUCUUGUGCCAUUCCUACCUCAACCUGUGUGCCGAGGUCCUGCGCUUUGGGGACCGUCAUUUUUAUGGAGACUGGUGGAAUGCUUCGUCUCUGAUAACCCUCUGGAGGAACUGGAACAUUCCCUUUCAGAAAUGGGGCCACAGACAUAUGUACACACGGCUGGUGGAGGCAAAUGUAUGCCCCUGGCAAGCAGAGUUAUUGGUCUUCCUGUUGUCUGCCGUUCUCUGUGAGUAUGUGAUUGCGCUACCUCUUCACAGCUGUCGAAUGUGGAUCUUUCUCACAAUGGUAUUUGAGCUUCUGGUCACUGUUUUCCUCGGACGAUAUUUCACGGGGAACUAUGGCAAUGGCCUGGUGUGGCUGUGUCUGCUGCUGGGACCUCCCCUGGCAGUGACCAUGUACUUUCACGACCAUUACUUGGCCUUCGUCAUCACCACCAACAGCAGCUCUCCCCAUCAUCAUCCUCAGUCAGGACAGUAACUACACCAUCCUGACUGUAACCUGAUUAUCAUGGGUCUCUGUCUGUGGAUGGGCGGACCUGAAGUCUUCCUCUUUUUCAUAUAUAUAUUUUUUUUUACCAAGUAACAGCAAGACUGAGCAACUUUUGCACCAAUUAUAUAAGGGUGAAGGAAUUAAGCAGCCAUGAAGGCAAUAAAGAUGCGAAAAAGGUUAAACUGAACUGCGGGACAGGUUGUUUGUUUGAAAAAUUGUAUGCAUGAGUAAAACAUGGAAAAUAAAGCUGCUGCUUUGUUUAUUGUCAUCUGAUCGUAUCGGGCGCUGUUUAAUCAUCUAACGAGUCUCAUACAUAAUCAUUAGGACAUUUAAGAAAUGUACUUCUGGUCAUACAAGUUCAAACAUGGAGGUGUUGAGCAUGUUAACGUUGGUUAUUUCAUCAUGUGUUGUACUGCCAUAGUAAUAACGUAUUGCAAAGUAUAUUUAUUUAUUCUGUUUUUGAUAAUACAUUAUUGAGAACAUUUCAAUUUAAU